AUGUGGCGCGGAAUUAUCGGGAGAUUUUGUAUUUGUACGCGCACUUCGGAAUUUUUUUGUUACAAGCUCUCACAAAGUUCAACAAAACACUCGGGUGCUUAUUAGCUUGGGUGUUUUGAGUGCCUCUGGUCGAAUGUAUAAAAGUGGAGACACUCCAAAACAGCGCUUUAGUUAGCGCAGUAUUGUGGACUUGAGGACGAUCUUCUGUGCAAAUUUGCCAAACAAUUUGUAUCACACGGUGCUUUAUAAAAAAUAAAUAAAAAAAAGUAAAGAAAACACCGCAAAGAAUUUAAUUAGUGCGCGAUAUGGUGCAGUAGAGCACAUACGUAUAUAUUACAAAAUUAUUGAUAUAUACAAACUAUUAUUUAUUGUAAUUGGUGGAAAAUGCCCGGGACAGAUUUUGCAGCACGAGUGUUGUAUUUUUCAGCGUUGUCGGAUAUUGUUAGCCGAUGUGAUUGGGGUGCAGCACCACCUAAAUUAGUAGAGACAUUCAAUGGUCCAUCGCAAUUUGUAAUCAUUCAUCAUUCCUACAUUCCCGGUGAAUGCCACGAUAGUGCAGAAUGUAUCAAGGCAAUGCAGAGUAUGCAGGACUUUCACCAAAACGACCGCGGAUGGAAUGACAUUGGCUACAGCUUUGCAGUUGGUGGAGAUGGAAAUAUCUACAUGGGACGUGGCUUUUCCGUGAUUGGCGCACAUGCUCCCCGAUACAAUGACAAAAGUGUGGGAAUAUGCUUAAUCGGCGACUGGAGAGAAAAGCUCCCACCUGAGAAGAUGCUCCGGGCAGUUCGUAAACUUAUCCAAUAUGGCGUUGAAGAGGGUCACAUUGAGAGGAAUUACACACUGCUAGGACAUCGUCAGGUACGCGAUACCGAAUGCCCGGGUCAGAGGCUCUUCGACGAAAUCACAACGUGGCCCCAUUUCUCCCCACGCCCAUCGGGACCAAAUGACAACUACAAAGCCUUCAGAUGAUACACGGGACCACGCGAAUAAAAUUCCAUGCCAGAUAAUAUUUUUUUUCUAGUGAGGCAAAGAGAAAUUUUCUGACGCUUUUAGAGACAUUCCUCGCACAAUUUUCCUGAUUUAUUCGUACCGAGAUAAAACGAUGAAUUCCGCGGCUGUCACCAUCACAUAACUCUCGCGUGAUGGAGUGGAGGUUUUCGCACAGAUAGUGAAUUAAAUUAAAAUUAUUCUCUCGCCAUAAAUCAAAUUGACGCGAAAAGUUUACUUUAAAAAAAUUAUACAUAUAGGUAGGUAAUAUUGCUUUCAACUCCGACAAAUGGGAAUUAAAUUUAAUUACAACA